AAAAAAAAAAAAAAACCAUUCUCUCACCCUUACACGAUACCGGACAACAAAUGAUAAAACAAAAAAAAAUAAAACCAUAACCACACGAAUAGCUUUCCCUUUCACGAUUCCGGACCUUCUGCCUUCUCUUUCCCUGUCACGAAUACCUUUCCCCUUCCUCCCACCGGACCCAACAGAACCUGAUACGGUGAGGUGAGCAGUUGAGACUUGAGAGAGGCGGAGAGCAGAAAAUCAGAGAGAGGCGGAGAGCAGAGAAUCCAGGCGGAGGAGCUUCAAGCUUGCUGCCUUGCUUGAGCCUUGAGCUGUUGUCUGUUGAGCAGAUGAGAACAGACUGAACAGUGGAGACUGGAGACUAGAGAGAAAGUAUCUAUUGCAAUGACAGACUCCUCCAACAAGAAGCUACAAGGCAAAGUAGCCAUAAUCACUGGUGGGGCAAGCGGCAUAGGCGAGGCUACCGCGCACCUUUUUGCCCAACAUGGUGCACGCAUGGUUGUGAUCGCUGAUAUCCAAGACCAAUUGGGUCACCAAGUAGCCGCUUCCAUAGGCAUAGACAAGUGCCAAUACGUGCACUGUGAUGUUUCCGAUGAAGACCAAGUCAAGAACAUGGUUGAAUCAACGGUCCAGAAACAUGGCCAGCUCGACAUCAUGUUCAGCAACGCUGGGACAGCGAGUAGCUCUGAUCAGACAAUCCUCGAGCUCGACACUUCAGGGUUCGACAAAGUGAUCAAAAUCAACGCGCGCGGCAUGGCUUUGUGUGUGAAACACGCUGCGCGUGUGAUGGUUGAGAGGCGCGUGAAGGGGAGCAUAAUAUGCACAGGAAGUGUAGCCGCUAGCCAAGGUAGAAAUAUGUUCACAGAUUAUUGCAUGUCAAAGCACGCAGUGCUGGGUCUGGUCCGAGCGGCAAGUGUGCAACUUGGGCAGCAUGGGAUUAGAGUGAACUGUGUAUCACCCUCUUUGGUGGCUACACCAAUGUCAUGUGGUGCAUAUGGAAUGGGUGCAGAGCAAAUGGAGAAGAUUUCUGAAUCAACUUCAACUUUGAAAGGGGUUAUGUUGAAGGUGGGAGAUGUUGCCAAUGCUGUGCUCUUUCUUGCAUCUGAUGAUUCUGGUUUUGUCACUGGACUUGACUUGAAGGUUGAUGGGGGCCAAUUAGGUAGUAGGUAAUCAAGCUCCAAUGAGUAUUGUUUUAAUUGAGAUGGAAAGCAAAGAGUUUUAACUUCAACCAUGUAGUCUUGAAGAAAAUAAGUUUUUAGGAAAGUUUUUUAUGCAAAUUUUCUGUUCUAUUUUAUAUUUUGCUAAUUUAACAGGUUUCAUUAUUAGAAAAUAGAUCAUGUGAUAAGAAAUAAGUAGUCUGCAAAUUUCUUAUCUGGUGAAAAGUUGUAAAUAUACAACUAAAUGCUGUAAAGAAGAGCUCACUCACUCCCUGAA